AUGGUUUGGGGUAUCUCGUUCCAGAAUAAUACCAAUCUCUCUGUUACAUUGACGCCGAACGGCAACGUUGGCUCUGCGGAUCGUUUUAUUCAAGUCGCUGGAUACCACAGCAUCAUCAUCCAAGAAGUUGGAAACCGCGUUAGGCGUACUGGCACGACUUGGGCAGUUGUAGUAUAUGAUGGUUUCCACAAUUUUGAAUUGGGUUACGAAGGGGGGCCCACCUUCAAUUUUGUCAUCUCAAGAGAUCCUACGCUCGGUAUAGUCUAUACGGUCAACAAUAAAUCCUGGCAGCUCCCGAUCCUUCCGACAAAAACUAUCGCUGACCGCUCGCCGGUCUGGCUUUACACAUUUAUUUCGGGACUCGUCAUCGACGUUACCCCGAAUAGCGCAGGGAAGUCUCCCUCGCUUCAGAUCAAGAAGCCUCGCUUGGGCUCCACUGUCGGCACUCAGCUUUGGGUCUGGACAGAGCUCUUGCAAAUUGUUAACCCUUCAACGAACCAGUGCCUCUCAACGGAUGGCGCGACCAUAACUCUUGUUGCCUACCAGUCUGGGGCUACUUCAGUCCCACCAGAGCAGAUGUGGAUUCGAAUCAGCAGCACCGGACGCAUCCAAAAUUCAAAGUACCCCACCAAAGUUUUGAGAGCCGAUCGCCCCCAACUCACAACCCCACCACCACCAGCUGGCUCCAAAGAUGCUUGGGGGUAUGGUUAUAUCGUUGGAGCAAGCCUUCUUCUCUCGAACGAUGCUCCACUUUGGCAGCCGACGUUUUUCGACGGACCAGAACUACGAGAAUGGUGUUUAAUUCCUCCUGGGUUUGCUCAGCCGAUCUUCUCCAGUAGCGGAUCUGUUCUGGACAGGGUUAGCAGUGCGCCCUCGCCCGACUACAACAAUCUAUUAUCAUCUCAGUUGUGGUAUCAUUCUCGAGGCUUGCUCAUUAACGAUUUGGAUGGCCAGACAUUGAGUGUCACACCUCAAAACAACAAUUGGUAUCCCAUUGAGAAGGAUGUUUACAACGUCCAACUCGUCCAGACUCAAUCCGCCUUCAAUCAAUUUGGUGGAACUCGCUGGGGAGUUGACACCUCGACCUCGAAUCAGAUCGUCAACCUUCAGGUCGAUGGGCCCUUCUAUUUUACUACCUCUGCGCAAGUUAUCAACCGCGUUCGCGUAGGUAGUCAAUCUACAGAUUGGUCUUUUGGAGGUACGCGUGAGUGGCAAUGGUUCCGUGGGCCAGAUCUCCGUAACGCAUCCUUCAUCGACCUCACGGUGGCACCAAAUGGCUUCCUUGUUGGACUAACCUCCGAUAAACGCAUUGUUUAUUCUGGUGUUAAUCAAAUCUGGAAGGAACUAGCUCCUGUCGUUACUGCUAUGAAUGCGAAGGUUACAAACGUUUCCCUUGGUCUUCCCAGCAUGCUCUAUGCUCUGCUUGACGAUGGCACGAUCUACAGACUGGCGGACUACAACACCAGCGCCAUUUGGACUGCAAUUCCAAGCGUUUCUGGUGGUGCUUCAUACAUAUCUUGCGGCGUCGAUAACAACUUAUGGGCCAUCUCCAAAACGGGGAAGGUUCUUACUCUUGAUGGCACCUCGGCAUCACUCGCCUGGGUUGACGUUACUUCGACCUCGCCAGCGAAUCUGGUCUCGGUCUCGGCAGGUACCUCCAACUCUGUUUGGGCUGUUGAUAACGCUGGCAAGGUUUGGCGAAGGACUUCGUCAUCAAGUACCAUUAGCGGCUGGGUUGACGGAGGGGCAUCCAAUUUGCGAUCAGUGCAAGUUGGGGUAGAUGGAUCGGUCUUUGGUGUUACGACUCAGCAGGGAAUUGUGCGUUACAAUGGCACAAAUCUCAACACUUGGCAAGCACUCCCUGGUCAUGUCAAAAGCCUUGCUGUCGCGUCUUCAAACCUGGUUAUUGGCACAUCCUACAUUGAAGGUAUCUUCAGGUAUCGCCCAGUCACAUCUACGCCCAGUCUUACGACCCGAUUCCACACCCUCUCCGCUGGCUCCGACAUUCGACCACUAGAUUCGGCGGUUAACGUUAACUUCAACGCUACAAUUGACGAGUUUAUUCUCUGUGGAGGCAUGGCAAACAUAGUCUACUCGACUGAUGUCGACGUGACAACUUAUUUGACGAACGUCUCAUACAUCGUCAAGGUCAUUAUCAACGAUGCAGCGACGCACACUCAAGCCUUCGUCGCCUGGAACAGUUAUAACAAGACUCUCGUCGUCGCUUUUCGUGGAACUGACUCCACACAAGAUGUUGUAAAUGAUUUGCAACAGACAGAAUCAUCAAGCUUGACUCUGCUAGGUGCUGGCCCACUACAAGGUUUGGUACCACAGGGUUUUGCUACCGCUUAUGGCGCAGUUAGGAGUCAGGUAUGGACCGCUGUACAGAAUGUCGUGGAUUCUGUGACCAUUUCACAAAUCAAGAAAAUCUAUGUCACCGGCCAUUCGCUUGGUGGGGCAUUGGCAGCUUACGGCGCUGCUGACCUUGCCGUCCUUCUCAAAGCGAAAUAUUCGUUCACCGACUCCAACGUGCUCAAGAUGAUAAACUUUGGCGCCCCUUACUCGGCCAAUGAUGCGUUCUACGACUUCUUCACCAACGGGUUAGCUAGCAGCGUGACCGGUGUUGCUGUGAUCAACGAGAGGGAUAUAGUCCCUUACUUAUCUGUGCCCCUCUAUGCGUGGAGGAGGUUGGGUGCGCAGUACAUCCUGCACGACCCCAACUACCCUUUGUUAGUGGACACUCUUUAUUCUCAUCAGAUGGCGACGUACAACACUUUGCUGUCAUCCCCAUUCAAUGCUUUCACUGCCAUCAAAAGCAUAGAGGUGCAAAUAACAACUGGCAGCAAUGCAUUCGGCUGGUUUGACAAAGCUGGAACGGAUCGAGCCGUUUCCAUCGUCUUCGGUGCAGUCAACAAAACAGGAUACUCGGUUACUCUGCCACUUACGGGCUCUUCAAAGACUUUCAAGUUAGAGAACGUUCUCGUUGACCCUCUCACUGAUGCGGGCGUCCCCUCCAGCGGCGUGUCCUUGCUCACCUUUGAGAAUGACAAGACAGACACCUUCAAUCUCGACAAAGCAUAUCUCCUUGACGUGCGCGACGUCAAUGGCUUCGUCCUUUGCAUAGACAACUCUACAUCUUUCACCCAAAACGCAGCAGCCUUCUUGAACUUCGGCAUCAGGGACAAUUGGCUUGUUACGGCUAUUAAAAUCAAAAUUGAUGGUGCAGUUCGCUAUAAUAAGGGCACGAGUGUUUAUCUUGGUCCUGAUUUUAAUGCGGCUUAUGCUGACAAUCUCUUGCCUAUACCGUGAGGGUCUGACAUGUAUGUAAGAAUGGAACAAUUCGGGAAUGUGAUGUCGACGGCUUUCAUUUCUGUUGGUCCUUCCUUGUGUAACAUUUUUAGUCACUUUUUCUACGUAUACGAGUGCGCAAUUCACACAGCAUUCGCAUGAGUUCGCACAUA